AUGGUCUACCACAAGGACAGUGCCGGCACUCACUGCUUCCGCUUUGCCAACGACGCCGACAUUGGCGGCGUCGAGAACUUCUCAGGCUCGUUCUACAAGAGCCCGCUCGUCGGAUGGCUCAGCUGGCCUAACGAAGGGUUGCGCCAAACUAUGCUUGGAGCUUUCAGCGGCGGAGUUGGACCAAAGUUGGAUGAUGAGUUUGCAGGCAAGCUUGGCGAGGCAGCUGGUGAUGCUGUUCCCGAGUUUGACCCCAAUGUCGACGAGUAG